AUGCACCGCAAUGGGGAGGCCCAGGGAGAGGAAGAGGAAGAGGAGGAAUAUGGACAGAUGUAUGUUACACCUGUGGACAAAGAGGGCACUGGGCCUCUGCUUGUCCCUCACAAGGAGGACAACCACGACAACACCACAACCAAUACCAACAAAGGGGAGGACGAGGAGGUCACUACAGAGAAAGAGGAGGACCUAAACUUCCGUUUCCAGCACAAAUGCCUGCUCAGGCCUGGGAGCCAGAACAGGAGUAUUGACGGGACCCAGAGACGAAAUCAGUGGAAACCAUGGUUACAGACCUUACACCCCUACAAAGCCACACAGGAUGAACUCCACUGCACCCUGAACUAUCUGACACAACCAGAUGAGUUAUAUGAUGAAGCCUGGCAGGAAGAAAUGGAGAGUCACACUCAGACACUCAAAUUCACCUCCAUUUUUGCAGGAAAAGAAGGUGUAGCUGCCUUUUGUGAGCUCACUAGAGACCAAGAGGGUUGGUAUGCUCUACACGGAGACUCAAGCCCCCAUGUCACACUGGCUGUCGGCAGUGACUAUGAGGCUAGAUCUCUUGGACCUAUGGUAAAAAGAGCACUGACACUCUCAUGGGAAUCGACUGCUGCCCCACGAGUCUGGAAGGCCAAAGAAGAAGACAUGUGGUGUAUUGCCGCACCCAUAACAGACAAAACAAUCUCGGAGAAUAAAGAUUUGCCCCGCUUCCAUGGCAGGGAAAAAACAGACCAUCCUGAUACUCCCCGGAUCUUAGGAGAGGUUCCACCACAGAUCUGGACUUCUUCAUCUCAAGAUGUUGGCUUGGUAAACACACCCCCUAUCCACAUCACCCUGAGGCCGGGACAGAGACCUGUCUGGAGACCUCAAUAUCGCCUGAAAAAAGAACAACAAGACGGGAUAGCAGAUACCAUCACGGGGCUAUUACAAGCAGGAGUGAUCAUCCCCUACAGGUCCACAUGGAACACUCCUAUACUUCCGGUGACAAAGGGAGAGGGUAAAGGAUGGAGGAUGGUACAAGAUUUCAGACCUGUAAAUGAUGCAACUAUCCCAGAAGCAUUGCCAGUUCCAGACCCAUAUCUAGCCCUACAGAAUAUCGGGCCCCAGCAUCAGUAUUUCACCGUGGUGGAUCUUGCUAAUGCCUUCUUCUGUCUACCUUUGGCAGAAGACUCUCAGGAGUAUUUUGGGUUCACCUAUAAAGACCAGACCUACACAUACACCAGGCUGCCACAGGGUUAUCGUGACAGUCCCGGUCUGUUCAACCAUGCUCUCAGAACUCACCUCAAACCCUUAACCCUGCCUGCAGAUGUCACCCUUAUCCAAUAUGUGGACGACAUUCUGAUUGCUGCUCCAUCGGCUGAGGCAUGUCUGACAGCUACCCAUGCACUGUUGAAAUUGUUGGCAGCGAACGGCUACAAAGUCAAAAAAGAAAAACUACAAGUGUGUAGACGACUGGUCAUCUUCCUGGGACGGGAAAUCUCACACUCCUCGCAUACUCUCACUGCUUCCCAGAAAUCUGCCAUCCUCUCACAUAACAAGCCGCGGACGGUACAACAGAUGUUGGCUUUCCUGGGGCUAACGGGAUACAGCAGAAACCAUGUCCCUUGCUAUGUUGACCUCACACAACCUCUGAGAGACAUAGUAGCAGAGGCAGGAAAUCGCAACCUAACUGCCGAACUGCUAUGGACACAAGCCGCCGAAGAAGCCUUCACACUCACCAAACAGGCACUGGCCCAGGCGACUGCUCUGUCCUCCCCAGAUUACACCAAAACUUUUAAUCUGGAUGUUUCUGAAAAAGCUGGGGUGGUAAAUGCAGUGCUUUUUCAGAAAAAGGAGGGAGAGAGAAGAGUGCUGAUGUACCACAGCUCAAAACUGGACAAUAUGGAAGUAGGACAAGCAGGAUGCACCAGAUACUUAGCAGCUCUAGCAAAAGCUAUCACCAAAACAAGUCACCUGGUAAUGUGCCACGAGCUGAAGAUAAACACAGACCAUGGAGUAGUAGCUUUCUUGGGAUCAAGCGCAUUCACUUUCUCAGCAGCAAGAACAAAAAUCUCAGAGACCCUACUACAACCCCACAUCACAUACCACACAGAGGGGGUAAACAUGGCAAAAGGACUAAAUGCUGAGGAUGGACAGCCUCACAACUGUGCUGAAAAAGCAGAAAAAGAAGUGAAACUCAGACCAGACCUGGAAACAGAGCCACUACAGAACCCAGACAUGAUCCUGUUCACAGACGGCUGUUGUUACAAAGGAGAAAAUGGAAAUGUUGCCUCAUAUGCGGUGGUUGAGCAGCAGCCAUACACCAGAAAGUACACCACGAAAGAACAAGGAAUCAUCCCACAGCCGGCAUCUGCGCAACUAGCAGAAAUAAUCGCACUAACAAAGGCCCUCAAACUGGCUGAAGGAAAAAAGGUAAACAUCUACACAGACUCAGCCUAUGGCUAUGGAGCUGUGCAUGUAGAUGGACCACAAUGGAUAAGGAGGAAUUUUCUGACCACCGCCAACACUCCAGUGAAACACAGGAUGCAAUUAGAAGAAUUGGUGCACUCCAUAUCACUACCAGCAGAAGUGGCAGUGAUGAAGUGUAAAGGACACCAGAAAUUGGAUAACGACAUAGCCGAAGGAAAUGAUGCCGCAGACAAAGCUGCUAAAGAAGCCGGAGGCUACACACCCAGGCAAAUGGUGAUCACAGACUCCUCUCCAUUACCUGUUCUAACGGAAGAAGAUAUCAUCAAGAUACAAGAACAAGCCGGAGCAUAUGAACAGAGUGAAUGGGCAAGAAAAGGAGCUGUACAAAGGAAUGGAUUGUGGAGGUCACAUGAUGGACGACUGGUAGCUCCAGCAAAACUCUGCCACCUACUACUGAAGCAAGCCCAUGGACCAGCCCACGAAAGUAAGCAAAGGACACAGAAGAACAUUGAAGCAUGUUGGUGGCACCCUCACAUGACCGCCCUAGUGGACAAUUACAUCACAGACUGCACCACAUGUAAUGAACAUAACCCCAAGCAAGCCUACAGGUGCCCCCUAGGGAAGUUCCCUGUGCCAGAAGCACCAUUCCAGGACAUCACCAUAGAUUUCACGGACAUGGGAGCAGAAAACAGAACAAAAGGAUACAGAUACCUGCUGGUAAUGGUGGACCGAUUUACCAAGUGGGUAGAGGCCAUUCCCUGCAAGAAUGAGUCUGCACAGACUGUGGUAAAGUGGCUGAAGAAUGAACUCAUCCCUAGGUACGGGGUUCCCAAGAGCAUUCGCUCAGACAAUGGCUCACACUUUAGCAACAAAGAACUAGCUGAAGUAGAAAAAGCAUUAGGCAUAACACACAGGUUUGGAGCAGUGUACCACCCUGCAUCACAAGGGUUAGUAGAAAGAGCUAACCAAACGCUAAAACGAAAAAUAGCAAAAAUAUGCUACGGCACUAAGCUCACGUGGGUGGACGCACUCCCUCUAGCGCUUAUGUCAAUGAGGACCUCCCCAGGUUCAAAAACACAUCUAACACCACAUGAGUUGCUGACGGGCAGGCCAAUGCCUGGACCACCCCGAGAGGGAGGUCAUAUGCCCUCUCUGGAUGUGUGGCAGGUGAGCUGUGAUGAGUACAUGACUGCACUGACUAAUCUCAUUCAAGUUUUGUCUAAACAGGUACAGCUGGCCGGACCCGAAGCAACUCCAGCGGAGACUCCAGCAAUAAAGGUAGGAGAUUGGGUGCGUGUGAAAGUCCACAAAAGAAAGUGGCUGGAUCCCAGGUGGACAGGACCCUAUGAAGUUACUGAAGUAACUUCCCACGCGGUCCAGGUAAAAGGUAGAGCUGGAGCUAAUUGGCACCACCUGACACAUUGUGCACCUGGAUCUCCACCCUCACGCACUUUGGCGGAGGUUAGAACUGAUUUGGCUGAACUAGGUGAGGGUUCAAAGGAGAUAGACUGAAAAAAAAAAAAGACAAGACCCUCAUCAACACCAUGGUUGAAUUAAACAGACGACCAUGGCACCCCUUUAGGCACCCAGGCUGGUGUGGGCUAAGGGGAACAUUGUGUGUGUUUUUGUUCAUAUCAUUAAUCAUAGUACUCCCCAUUAUAUUGUGGGAGGUUAAUAAUAAUCACACCACCAAUACUACUGACAGCAUUGCAGC